AUGGGUUCUCUCGAAAACGGCUCCAAGCAGGGCACUUUCCUCUUCACCUCCGAGUCUGUCGGUGAGGGUCACCCCGAUAAGAUUGCUGACCAGGUUUCCGAUGCCAUCCUCGAUGCCUGCUUGGCUGAGGACCCCCUCUCCAAGGUCGCUUGCGAGACUGCCACCAAGACCGGUAUGAUCAUGGUCUUCGGUGAAAUCACCACCAAGGCCCAGGUGGACUACCAGAAGGUCAUCCGUAACACUAUCAAGGACAUCGGCUACGAUGCUUCCGAGAAGGGUUUCGACUACAAGACCUGCAACGUCCUGGUCGCCAUUGAGCAGCAGUCUCCCGAUAUCGCCCAGGGUCUGCACUACGAUGAGGCCCUUGAGAAGCUCGGCGCUGGUGACCAGGGUAUCAUGUUCGGCUAUGCCACUGACGAGACCCCCGAGCUCCUCCCCCUCACCAUUCUGCUCUCCCACCGUCUCAACUCUGCCAUGAAGGCCGCCCGUAACGAUGGCUCCAUCCCCUGGUUGCUCCCGGACACCAAGACCCAGGUGACCAUCGAGUACGCCCACGACAAUGGUGCCGUCAAGCCCCUGCGUGUCGACACCGUCGUCAUCUCUGCCCAGCACAGCGACGAUGUCUCCACUGAGGAGCUCCGUGCCGUCCUCAAGGAGAAGAUUGUCCGCAAGGUCAUCCCCGCCCACCUGCUCGAUGACCGCACCGUGUACCACAUGCAGCCCUCCGGCCGCUUCGUCAUCGGUGGCCCUCAGGGUGAUGCCGGUCUCACUGGCCGUAAGAUCAUCGUCGACACCUACGGUGGCUGGGGUGCUCACGGUGGUGGUGCCUUCUCCGGCAAGGACUACUCCAAGGUCGACCGCUCGGCCGCCUACGUUGCGCGCUGGAUCGCCAAGUCUCUGGUCAGCGCCGGCCUUGCCCGCCGUGCCCUGGUUCAGCUCUCCUACGCCAUCGGUGUCGCCGAGCCCCUCUCCAUCUUCGUUGAGACCUACGGUACCAGCUCCAAGUCUUCCGACGAGUUGGUCGAGAUCAUCCGCAACAACUUUGAUCUCCGUCCCGGUGUCAUUGUCAAGGACCUCGACUUGGCCAAGCCCAUCUACGUCCAGACCGCCAAGAACGGUCACUUCACCAACCAGAGCUUCUCCUGGGAGAAGCCCAAGCCUCUCAAGUUCUAG